AUGUUGUCCCAAACGAUGUUGCAAAAGGUCUUGAUGGCCAUGAUGGCCAGCUGCUGCUUGGUUGCUGCUCAGACUACCACUGAACAGUACCCUUCUGCCGCCGAGAUUGCGGCUGCUCAGGCUUCCGUCAAGCCUUACUCUCCCACCUCCAACGUGCAUGGAAAGGUCUUUAACCGCUUCAUUGAUAUCUGGUUGGAGAACACCGACUUGGCCACCGCUGAGAUUGAACCUCACCUGGACGAAUUGAAGAAGAACGGCAUCUUCUUGGACAACUACUGGGCUGUUACUCAUCCCUCUGAGCCCAACUACGUUGCCGCCGCUGCUGGUGACCACUUCGGAAUGGACAACGACAACUGGUGGCAGAUCCCUAACAAUGUCUCUACCAUUGCCGACCUCUUCGACACCCGCAAGAUCUCCUGGAGUGAGUACCAGGAAGGUCUCCCUUACGCUGGUUACCAGGGUUUCCGCUACCCCGAGUCCGGUGCCAACGACUACGUGCGCAAGCACAAUCCCCUGGUCAUCUUCAACUCCGUGACCGACGAUGCUACCCGUCUGCGCCAGAUCAAGAACUUCACUAGCUUCUACGAUGAUCUUGACAACAAGCGUCUUCCCCAAUACUCUUUCAUCACCCCCAACAUGACCAACGACGGCCACGACACCAACAUCUCUUUCAGCGGUACCUGGUCUUACAACUUCCUCUCAGACCUUCUCAAGAACGAGUACUUCAUGAAGGAUACUCUUGUCAUGCUCACCUUCGAUGAAGGUGGCAACUACACCAACCCCAACUCCGUAUACACCCUUCUAGUUGGCGGCGCCGUCCCUAACCACCUCAAGGGAACCACCGACAGCACUUUCUACACUCACUACUCCGUCAUUGCUUCUCUCUCCGCCAACUGGGAGCUCCCCUCUCUCGGUCGCUGGGACUGCGGUGCCAACUUGUUGUCCCUCGUUGCUGACAAGGUCAACUACAUCAACUACGACGUUGACAUGACCAACGCCAACUUGAACACUUCUUACCCUGGUCCUUUGUCCACCAAAAAGUACUCUAGCGCCUGGCCCAUUCCUUUGACCAACGGUGCCCAGUGCUCUGGUGCCAAUACCGUUCUUCACACCGUUCAGCAGACCUACCAGGGAAUGAAGCCUACCUACAAUUACACCAGCCCUGUUCCUUAUGAUAAUGUCAGCGGAACUUCCGUUGGUAUCAAGUAUAGCCGCAAGGGAGGUGAUGGCGAACCCGACUCCUGCGAGACCGAUUAA